CCCUCACCCAAGCCCUCACAGCGCACGCUCCUCAGGCUCCUGCGUCUGUUGCGUGGCGCGACAUUCAUUUCAUACACACCUGUACAGCUAUUAACGGCUUCUAACGACUUUUAUGACCAGAAUGUAUGCACCGAAUCGUUUGGAUACUCCACCGCCUGCCUCGCGCUUCCGGCGUCCUUGGUCCCCGGAGCCUUUCGACCCUAACCCGCCGCGUAACGCUGAGAACGGUCGCUCUGCAGAAGGAUACACUCAACAUGGCUUUAUGCAGAGAAGAGAGCCCUCAGAUGUCUCUAUCGAAGCCUUGGAUCUUGCAGACUACGCGAGGCAGCUAGCUCGAAGCACCGACCCGCGCAGCGCGCCCGCCUUCCAGCCCGUCUUCCAGGCAUACGACUCAUACCCGCCGUCUCCUCAACCUCUACGACCGCUUGCGAGCCGCGACUCGCUCUCAUCGCCACCAAACUUCUCGCCUUCGUCGCCUAGGCACCAUUUUCCCCCCUUUUCGCUACCCGCAAGCACAGCCUCUGCUAGCACACGUUACAAUACGUUGCACAACCCUCCAACUCAGUCAAGUCGUCCGAGCCAGUCGCCAGAUUACGGCCAUGAUCCGCUGCUGACCCCACUUGACUUUGAGCAUGAGGUCGACAUCGCGCAACCUCGAGGGUUAUACAAUCCCACGGCAGAUUACUUUAAUGCAAAGCCUCUCUACACAUCGCCAGAGAUUGAUCCGUUUGACCCUGACUACGGGCACGACUCUUUCCGCGGACUGCCCCCAGCGUAUUCGUCUCCUCGUUCAUCCAACUAUGGCCACCGCUUGUCCAAAGACGUUGUCCCAUGGGGAUCGGAAUCUGUGGCCGGCGCUCCCAUUGAUCCCGAAAUCAAAGCUGAGCGCGUGCGUGCACUUGAACGCCAAUUUGGCGAGGACGCCAAGGAGGUCGUCGAUGAAGAGCACAUGAUUGGCAGCGUAGAUGCAAAGGGCAAGUUGAUCACCACUGGUCCAAAAAAGCGUGUUGCUGUGCGAUGCUUGCAGGUUCUGCUUUCACUGCUUGCAGCUGGUUCGGGCAUAUACUCUGCUGCUUUUAUAAAGACAUCCACUCCGCCUCCACCGGCAGGCACAGCGCAGGCAUACUCGCUCUACGUUGUCUCUGUAAUCACCUUCCUGCUCGCCACGUACCUAUUCAUCAUUUACCCAGCAUGUUGCGGUUCGCGAACACGCAAGAGCUCUUCCUUCACUGAUGGGCCGGAGGGCAUGAUGGUUCUACCAGUUCCAGGCAUGCCUGGCGGCAAGCAGAAAGGAAAGAAGGGGAAGAAGGGGAAGGUGCCAGGAGAAGGUGUGCAGGUUAACCUGAUAGUUGACCCUGGCAUGUUUGGCGGGCGGCGAGAAGACGACUAUUCCGACGAGGACGCCGAUACUGAGUCUGAGUACACUGGCCCACGCUCGUUUGGCGGACCCUCCCGGGAGCGAAGGAGGGCUCGGAGGGCCAGACGGCGAGGCGUCUUCGCAGGAUUGGCUCUCGAAGCGCAGUGGAAGGAAGCUAGGAAGCGGCUCAAGAUCAACGCGGCCGUGGACGCUGUCAUGGUAUUGCUCUGGGGUGCAGAGUUUGUCUUCAUACUUUGGGGUAAGCGAUGUCCGUCUGGUCAAUUUGACGGCUGGUGCGACGCGUACAAUCUAGCGACAGCUGCCGCUUGUCUUUUGUGUCUCGCCUUCGGUCUCAGUAUAUUUUUCGAAGUGAAAGACCUUUACGCCAGCAAAGCGUCACCAAGGACACGGACGUAAUAUCUUCAUUCCGUUCUUUGUUAGCUCGACAAUCGAAUUUCACAUUCUUCACGACCUCUUACGACACUCAUGAUUUAUCCCUAUAUAUGUAUCGUAUCGUUCAUAGCUUUCGUCGGUGUACACCGCACUGUAUUGUUUCUUCCGGCGAACGUACAUAAUAUAAUUUUCGUAAUGUUCCG